AUGGUUCGGGUAAGCAACACUAUCGUCGCACUCCUCAACACCAUCUUCCUCCUAGUUAGCCUCGCCGUCAUCUCCGGCGGCAUGUACAUUCACGUGCAUGCUUCCGCCACCGCCUGCCAAAAAUCGCUUGAGAACCCGCUGUUCAUACUGGGUGUCUUUAUGCUUCUAGUUUCUUUCCUAGGGUUGAUUGGUUCAUGCUGUAGGAACAAUUGUUUGUUAUGGCUUUAUCUGAUUCUCUUGUUUUUGAUGAUGGUCGGCCUCGUGGUGUUCACGAUUUUCGCUUUCGUCGUCACCAAUGAGACUGCGGGUCAGGCCUUGUCUGAUAAAGGGUUUAAGAAGUACAGGCUUGGAGAUUACUCGCAUUGGUUGCAGAAUCACUUUGUUAAAGGGAAGAAUUGGGAUGUCCUCAGGAGUUGUUUGAUUGAAGCUAAAGUUUGUGAUAAUAACCAAAACGAUUUCUCGAAGCAGAAAUUUUCUGCUAUACAGGGUGGUUGCUGCAACCCGCCGACGGGUUGUGGAUAUCAAUAUAGGAAUGGGACCACGUGGACGGUGGCGAAAUAUGGGCUGCCGCCGGUGGAUGACAGUGACUGUAAGACGUGGAGUAACGACCCGAAGCAGCUAUGCUACAACUGCAAUUCAUGCAAAGCUGGGGUUGUAGCCAGCAUAAGGAAGCAGUGGAGGAUUCUGGCUAUAUUCUUGAUCUGUAUCAUCCUCUUCAUUCUUGUUGUCUUCUCCAUUGGUUCCUGUGCCAAGAGGAACAAUUCUCUUGAUAGGAGAUAUAAUUGGCAAAGAAACCAUUUUGCUUGA